UGCGUUUAGAGCAGGUUUAGAGCCGGAAAGUGAAUUGAUCCGUUCAUCUCUCGAGUCCCCUAUCGGGUUUGAGUCAUUCGUUCCUCACGUCCAAUCAUAUGCGUUUAGAGCCGGAAAGAGAUUUGAUCCGUUCAGCACUCGAGUCCUCGUGUUUGAGUCAUUCUAUCGCGUGAUGAACGAACGACUCAAGAACCAGAAGACUCGAAAGGUGAACUAAUCAUCAUGGCUCCUGUCUGCUCAGACUGUGUACAUUGAUUAAGAUUAUAUGUGACUGUCAGAGUAACGUGAACGAACCACUGACAUUUGAAAACAUGAAGAGGUGAGCUGAGCAAAGAGACAAAAAUACCUUUAUAGACAAAAGAGCAGCUAAACCACGCCCUCGUUACGCGAUGGUUGCGCUUACGUAACGUCAACGUCUCAGUGCGGGAGAAGAGCGGGAGAAACUUCUGGAAGCAUUGAACUUCGGUGGGGGACGAGGCAAGCCGUGGAAGAGCAAUCUUAAUAAUCUACAUUGAUGCAGUGCAGGUACUGUAAAUACGCGUCUGCCAGUCAAAAUUUGCUGUUAAGACACUACAGGCUCAAGCACUGGUACCCAAGCCGACGUGUACCAUUGAAGAACAAUGUUGCUGCGAGUGAUUGUAGCUCCAGAUUGCAUACAAAAGCUGUCACUUAACGAUGUGCCGAAAUCAGUUGAUGAGCUAAAAGAGAUACUUUGCAACAAACUGAAAAUUACUACAAACUUUGUGAUCCAGUAUGAGGACCCUGAUUUUGGUGGUCAGCUUUGCAAUUUGAGUAGCAUAGAAGAACUUCCUCCUGAUAAGGCCACGCUAAAAAUUUUCUGGGAAGUGUUAAAAACAGCAUCAGAAACUGAAACAGAAGAACAAAGAAAUGAGAGCCCUGCAUCUAACUCUGAUUUUACACUUGACACUGCAAGUAUUUCGUCCAAUCUCUCCAGUCCAUCAUCUUCCACAGUCAGAGAAGAACGCUGGCCACAAGUUUUUGUGAUACCAAAAUUUUCUUAUGACGUUGAGUUCAGACUGAGGAAAGCAAAUGAAGUCUAUGAAAAACAGAAGACUACCAUGGAUGUUACACGAGAUGUGAAGACUGAAAUACUGGAAACGUUGGCGGAAACAAUGUACUCUUUUAAAGCUUACCCCACUGAUCCAGAAUUGGAGCAAGUGGCAGUUGCAUUAGUUUCCACACAUCCAUGUUUGAGGGAACUUGGCUGUGACACCGGAUGCAAGGGCUGGAAGAUGAGUUUAAGAUUUAAAAUGGGAAAUUAUAGACAAAAAUUACGCAGUUCUGGAUGUUUUGAGCUAGAUAAUAAAAGAAAUGAUGGAUCAAGAAUUCCACCAAAGAAACCAAGAAGAUCAGAAAUCAACUUUCUUCCAGACAAUCCUGUUGGUUUGGAUGAUGCUACAUUGGAGCAAGAAAGAGAACAGCUUGAGCUAGAAGUCAAGAGAAAGAACAUGGAUAUGGCAAUUCUGAAAACCAAGAUGGAAACUACUUUCCCGCUCAGAAGAAAAGAAAUUAUUACUGAGCAGCCCUUGGUACAUGUGGUCAAAAACAGAUGGCCUGGCCUGUUUUUGCAAGAGCAGGUUUGUGCCGAGUUCCAAAGGAUCACUUGUGUUGACCUCAAAAAAUCAUUCAUGGCGAAUCUCCACAAACACAGCAAUGCCCUGAUCAAACUGUAUCGAACAAAGUGCAAAGACCUUGCAGACAACAUGAAAAUGAUACUGGACCAUUUUGAUAAUCAGACAACAGACAUCAUAAUUCACAGAGAAACUACUGCUCUACAGGGACUUCCCUUGUACCUCAGGGAAUAUGACAAAAUAACCAAGACUUGUCUGACACUGAUUUGGAGGAGACCUACACCAGAGGAGUGAAUUUGGCCAUCCUUGAAGUGAUGGAAGAUGACCUCUCACAGGCAACAAAGAGAUGUAUAAACUUUGGCAUCAUCCUGGAGGAAACUGUGGUCAUGGAUGAUCUACCAGAUUUUUCCACUGCUUUUAUGGUACUCUUUGGACUUCUUUACGCACUGAAUAUUGAGUACCCAAAGGGGCUAAAAUACACAUUUGAGGCAGUGCAGAAUAUCUUUGUAGGACUGGGAGUAAAGUCCACAAACAGAGUGCAGUCCCUGAAGAACAAGCUUUUUACUUGGUAAGAGUUGUAAGAUGCUUGAAGAAAGGUGCUUUUCUUGUGUACUUUUUGCAUUACAUUGUUGUUUGACUAGAUGUGACUGCAUGCUGUGGACUUGUGCAUUUGGAAAUUAAGACAUGCAGUCUUUUUUUUUUGUUUCCUUAAUACCUUAAAAAAGUGUUAAUGGGUAAACUUGCUCAGUUUGUGUGAGCAAGGGACUUUCACCUUACAGUAUGUUCUUACUGUAUUACAUGCCACUUAGGCACACAGUUUAUAUUUGGUGGCAUUGUUAAAAUGUUUGCUGUAGUUACACUACCUCGUUUUUGUACUUUAGUGAAGUACUGCAAGAAAAUAAAUG